AUGGAUCUUGACGUCAGGCAACCCGAGACCCCGCCGAAAGCCAACCAUCUGUGUGUUCUGGUCCAUGGCCUCUGGGGCAACCCAACACAUCUAGACUAUGUAUCUACAUCGUUGAGACAGAGAUACAGCGAGGAUCGUCUGUAUAUCCUGGCUGCGAAGCGAAAUGCCGGAAAUUUCACUUACGAUGGAAUCGAACUUGGUGGCGAGCGAUUGGCGCACGAGAUCGAAGAGACACUCGAAGAAUUGACGGCAAAGGGAUACGAUAUCAAAAAGUUCAGUAUCGUGGGGUAUUCCCUUGGAGGUCUUGUGGCCCGAUAUGCGCUAGGCUUGCUCAAUGCAAGGGGAUGGCUUGAUAAACUUGAGCCUGUCAAUUUCACGACCUUUGUGUCGCCGCAUGUCGGGGUGAGGACGCCGCUGAAGGGUUUCCAGAAUCAUAUCUGGAAUGUCCUGGGGGCGCGGUCUGUUUCCAUGUCUGGGAGACAGCUCUUCAUGAUCGACUCCUUUCGAGAUACGAAUAAGCCUUUGCUCAGCGUCCUAGCCGAUCCGGGGAGUAUCUUCAUACAAGCGCUGGCGAAAUUCCAAAACCGAUGUGCCUACGCGAACAUUGUCAAUGAUCGAUCUGCCGUGUUCUAUACGACGGGUAUAUCAAGUGUUGAUCCAUUCAAAAACCUGGACGACAUCAAUUUGAACUACAUCAAGGGCUAUGAGCCGGUGGUGGUCGACAGUGAUGUGUAUUCCCUGCCUCCUGAGACAAAGGAGCCAACACUUCCAGUUUCUGGUAUUGGACAGAAGGCCUUGAAAAUCCUAACCAAUCUGCCAUUCUGGCUCUUUAUUAUUUUCUUCGUGCCUAUCGGUGCCAUUCUCUUCUUGCUGAACGCAGCCGUGCAGACAUUUCGCAGUCGAAAGCGAAUCCGCCUUCAUGAAGAGGGAAAGACAGAUGUUUUCUUUGGAGGCUACAAAGUGCCCGUCAUUGUACAAGACGUACGACAUGCCAUGGAAGACGUCUUUGAAAACGUCAACGCCCGACAACACGCAGAAUACCUUUCCGCCUCGACAAACAGUGCUCGACGCAGAACACCAGUCUCUACUAGCGAGAAAGCCAACACAAUCCAGAUAAAAACCAAGGCACUCGCACAGGAGCCAACCUCGGCCGGCGACUCGCUAUCAACAUCACCAGCGUCACCAACAGAGAUCUGCAGCGGGGAUGAAGAAGACAUUCUCGCUCUGACGCCCGCGCAAUUCGCUAUCAUCGAUUCUCUCAAUUCCGUGGGCUUCCGCAAAUAUCCCGUCUACAUCCACAAGCACCGACACAGUCACGCCGCUAUCAUCGUGCGGAUGCCCAAAAAGGGAUUCGAGGAAGGUCAAGUGGUCAUUAAACAUUGGCUCGACAAUGAAUUCAAGAUCUGA